AUGGUUUAUUAUGUGUGAAAUAUCGGAAAGGAUUAAUGUGUAGCCAAGCGUAAUUCAUGUAAGUAAUUUCAGAGUGUUAAUUUGUAUGAAUUAUGCUUUUAAUAUAAAAAAAUAAUAUAUAACAUUAUAACAACUGUAACAUUUUGAACCUAACAUUUUUUUGUUCUUUUUAUUUUUUGUGUUUUUGUUAAUGCCGAAAAUGCUAAGCUACUUUCAUCCUAAACAGAGUAAACGCAAGUGUAAGUAUGGAAAUAUUGCACUCUAUGUAUAGUAAUAUGCUUAUGGUGCGUAACAUUCUAAGCAACAAAGGCAUUUAAAUAAUAAUAUUUUUUUUUUUGCUGGCAUCCGUCCGUCACAAUGUGACGAUGGAGUGGACUUCGUAGGACGAAAUCCACAUAGCCUGGGAUUAUUAUACUUGAAGGAUUAUAAGCUGGUUCCCAACAGCAAAUCGCCUCUCUCCACGCCGCUGGGUAACCCAAGGGAACAUCAUUGGAUGAUACAGCUUGGCACCAGUGACGUCGCAGGAGUUAUCGGAAUAUUUCAUUGUAUCAAUGUUAUCCGCCUUUCGGGACUCCAUCUCCGGGUUUGAUUUCAGAGUUUCCUUCUCUUAGAUGAGUUGCCGUCCACAUCUACCCGGGGUCCCAUCUACCCGGGGUGCCAAAUGUGGUGUUUUUGCUCUGGCUGGAAUUGAACUCCAGACCACCAACUUGAGAUUUGCUCAGUUUAGACCACUCGGCCACCCAGCACCCAUAAAUAAUAAUAUAUGUUGAUGUAUAACGUCAAAUCUGGACGAGCUUGAUAAGAUUCCGAUUUAAUAUUUGGAAUUAGCGCUUCAAAAUGCAAUAUAUAUAUCUGUGUGUGUGUUGUCAAGAAUGGGAGUUCAUUGAUAAUUGUUGCGACUACAUAUUAUAUAUGGUGUGUUUGAUAGUUUUAAUUUGUGAACGCUCUUCCCAUGCUUGACUCUAUGACGUAUUUUUAUACUGAUUGUGACGUAUUGUCAAGACAGUAUUGUGACGUACGUUUUAUUCAUCCGGCAGUCUUGAGUUGAACUUUGUGGAAGUAGGAUGUGUAUUAUUUAUGUGUAUUAUUCAUGUGUUAAUGUGUAUAGUAUAUACUUAGAUAUUAAAGUACCGGUAACAAUAAAAAUAAUUAUUAUAAAAAGUUCUUGAGUUUAUUCAGUGAUAGUAAGAAUAGUACGACGUAUUUAACGUGUGAACGAACUUAGGGGAAUCAAUCAAUCCAAGUAGACUUAGGAGUUAACAUUUGAGUGUGUGUGUGUUUUAAUAACAGUAACAAAAACAUAGUUAAACAGAUAUGUAACCACUAUUUUUGCUUUGAUUUUGUCUUACAGAGUAAUUCUUACAUUUUGAAAUGCAUUGGAGAAUUUCAAAAGUCAUAAAACUGUUAUGUAUUCUAUUAUGUUUUGGUAUGUAUCCACCGAAGUGUAUUAACUAUCCAAAUGUACAAGAACAAAAUGCUAAUACAUUAAAAUAUUAUUCACAAAUGGUCAAAAAUUGGUCAAAACAACUAUGUGUUUGUUUUUUAAUACAGUGCAUUAGGUACCAUUAUACGAUUUUAAACAUGAAAUAUAUUUUAAAAUUUGACUUGUUAAAAGAGAAUUACGUAAUACAGAACUGAAACCAGUGUAUUAAAAACACGAAAGAAGAGCUAGGGCAGUUUACAAUAAUUAAUUUGUUUAAAAAGCAAUUCUAUAAUAACAACUAUUUUAAAAAAAAUCAAUUAACUUUCAUCUGAUUUCUAAAAUUUCUUUCCCCUCCCCAGUAACAAAAUAAUAACAAAAUUAAAAACAAAAUAAAAGUUUAAUAUCGAAUGUGUGUGAAUAAAUAUUUAGCCAUUCAUAUUUUCUUGUGUGGAUUAAUAUUUAUCACAUUUGCUUUAUGCGUGUUGAUAAAUAUAUGCACUGUGUGUGGUUUUUUCCCUAUUUUAUAGUAACUAAUUUUUAUUUUUUUUACACCAGAUCUAAAUGUCGCCCAAUGGAUACCAGCUGGAACGGCACAAUCCUUUACUUUUACUUCGCCAAAUAUUACUCAAACAUUUCCAAUUGUAUGGUAUACCUAUCCCCAAAAAUCAAAGUUAUUUAUAUGCACAGAAAACAACGCCACAUGCGUUCCAUUUACCAAUACCGUUCUUGAAACUUACACAGCAAAUAAAACAUCUAAUUCCACAUCUUAUAUAAGUACAUUCACAAUCAAGACAGUCACACCAUUGCAACACGACAGUAGAUGGUUAUGUCAAGCUGAGUUCCAAGAUGAGCACAUUGAAUCGAAGCUUUAUAACCUCAGAGUUUAUGGUAAGUUUUAACUUUUUCUACUAUUAAGUAUAACUUCUUCACAAACAAUUGUUUUAAUAAUUUACAACUUUUUAUGUUAUUAACAACUUAAGUACAAAAAGGUGUAUUUAGAAAAAAAAUAAUUAAAAUGCAUAAAACAACUUAAAUUGCUUGUAGUUAUUUUUUUUUAUUGGCCUGUAUUGUAUAAUAAUUUUUUUUCAUAAGUCACUAAAAUUUAAAAUCAUAACCCACUCUAAAUAAGACAGUGAGUUUAAACAUAAUAUAUUUGUCACGACACAGUAGUGUCGCUUGCAAUGUGAAUGUGUGUCGCGUGAAAAUAACCAAGACAGGAUCGACACAUUAUUUUAGACUUUGAAAACAACUGGAAAAUAAUUAAGAAAAGUAAUGGUCAAAAUAAUGUAAAUUGUACAUAACAUUAAAAACAUUCGACAAAGUUAAUUACUUUUAAAAUAAUUUAAUAACAUUUUUGACGAAUAGUUCUCAAAUUUAUAAAGGUAUAGAAAUUCGAUAGAUCCGAAUAUGUCAAUUCAUUGGAUAUUGUCAUUUAUAGGAAUUUAGAGAAUUAUGCUAACAUUUUUUAUGAAAAAAUUACAGGUCCGGCUCUAAGUUUAGAAAACAAAGAACAAAAAUAAUUGUGUUCUUAGGAAAGAAAAAUGUUGCUGAUUUAUUUGAAUAUUCAAAUACAAUAAACAUGGGCAUAAAAAAAGGAAAAAAGAAAAUAAAAAGAAUGUUUGAGGUAAUAAUCUUAGAGUCUCAUUUUUUCAAAUCAUUUACAGUCUUUAAUUUGGAUUAUCGAAUUUCCAACAGUUUCCCCAUUAAGGCGGAAUCUCUUAAUGAUAGCUAAGGGAAUAUUCAAUAGGAUAAUAGCCAUUGAUCUUAACACAGAGUUCACCAAUCUUUUAGGUAAACAAUCAUCCAGAGCAUCAAAAAUGUAUUCAAUUAUAAUAAAAAUUAUAUUUAAAAGGUAAUUAACUGAGAACUAAUAUUUUGUCCUUUUUAUUCCUUUGUAAAUAAACAAAAGAAUGCAUUAGUAGCGAAGCAUCCAAAUUUAAUGCAAUAAUAAAGUACACAGAAGCCAUAUUCAAAUGGUAUGCCCUAAAAUAGUUGUUUUUUCUUAGUCGGGCUUCCAAACAAAUUUUUUCUUUAAAUUAGAAAUUUAAAAGAUAUUAAAUCCAUUGAAGUCACUUUAAAAUCAAUACGAAGCAAUAAUCUAAAUGUGUAUUUGUUUGUUCUUCAAUAAAUGAAAUGGUAACAUCCAGUUAAACACAAUAAUGAAACGUUUUAAGAAACGAAACGCAUAUCUGCAUCACUUGGAAGUAUUUUAAUUUUGAUAAAUUGUUUAAAAAUGUAGAUUUUGAAUCUCUUAUGUAUUUUAAGCUUGCGGUUGCAACUUCUAUUUCCGACUGAUUCCUUACUAUUUCUUCUGCUUUCUUUUAAGCCUAUUUAGUUCUGAGAUUAUUUUCCAAAUUGUUCCAUAUUUUUUGCAUUUUAUGAGUAUUUCAUUAUGGGAAAUGGCCUUGUUAAUGUUGUUAUAUUUCAGCAGGAGCAGAAUUGAUAGAAAUUCCUAAUUGUUUACUUUCGAUUCAAAGCUAGCGUGUUGAAGAGGGGACUCCAAAGAAGUAAAUCUAUAGGUAGAAUGGCAGGCGUCUCUGUUCAAGACUCUAAACGCUACCAUUUACGCGCCAUCUUAACACGGUUUCCAUUAGCUAACAAUUUCAAAGAGCUCAGAAUUAUUCCAAGAAAUGUUUCGUUCUCGACGACGUAGAAGGAACAGGCAAAACCUUUGUAUACAAAACACUAAUUCAUACAGUGAGGGGUAGAGGAGACGAGGCAGUAACGGAAAUGUUCUACCUGGCAGCCGUACUGCACAUUCAGUGUUCAAAACACCUAUUCAAAUACCUGCAACGUAAAGCCAAAUACAAGGAUGACAAAAAUAUAGUUAUAAAAAACCAACAUUUUCAUCUGCGAUGAAGCACCAAUGAUACACUGUAAUGCUGUUGAGAGACUGUUGUAAUAUCUCAAUCAGAAAAAUGCACCUUUCGGUAAUAAAAUCAUUCUUUUUAUUUGUAAUCUUUGCAAAAAAUGUCAGUUAUGUGCCGUUGUUCUCGGGGCCGGACUCUUGCCUCAUGCAUCAACAAACAAGGUCUGUGAACCUAAAUAAAAGUCCUAAAACUCACAAUAUGAGAAGCUUCGAAAGGGAACCUCGGUUUGUUUAAUGGCUUCUUCAUGUUGGGAAGGUAACCUGGAGACACGUUGGAAAGCAUUCCUCAUUAUUUAAAACUACAAAACUCGUUAGCUCGACAGGACUACCACAUCAAUGUUCACCUCAAAACUAAGACCUGCUUACUCAGUAGAAAUUCGUCGUCAAUGUUUAACACAACAACAACACCCGUGUAUCAAUACAGUGGUUACAUCAAUUUUUUCCACUGUAAAUUCCCAAAACUUGCUUCAAGGCUAAUUCUGAGCGUCACAAACGAUGAUAUUGUACUUAUAAACAACAUCGUCAUUGAUCUUUUACUGUGUGAUAGAGAGACUUUCAAGAGUAUGAAUACAGUGGUUAGUAAUGAUCCUAAUGAUCAACUCAUGUACCCAGAGGAGUCUGAAAACACCCUCACACCAACUGGAAUGCCUCCACAUAUCCUUAGUCUGAAGGUGGUAGCCGUAGUUAUGCUCAUUCAGCAGUGUUAUGCCAUCAAAAGGUCUUUGCAAUAGAACAAGACUCAUCGUUGCCGGUAUUUCAACAAAUAUUAUUAAGUGCAAACUGAUCGCUAUCGACAAUUCUGCAACUUUCUUCUUUCCCAGAAUGUCUCUUCAUAGUUCCGACAAAAUAACCCUUUUUAAAUUUUAACACACUGGUAAUAUAAUUUUAUUUUUAUGUGUUUAUUCUUUUCAGCUGUUCCCCAGACUCCUACAUGUGACAAAGUAUCUCUACUAAAUGAAAGCAACAUUAACAUUAAAUGUAUGACAGAUAAAGUAUUCCCAGGAAGCAUUUGUGUAUUUUAUAUCAUAACAAACGUAAGACAUUUUAAUAUUAAUAUUAAGUAAAUAAAUAUAUUGUUUAUAUAAUAAACUUUUUGUCACCGAUGCAUAACUUUUCUGUACAAAAUAGAUUUAUGUUGCUGAUUUCAAAGAAUUCUUUUAAAAAGUAUUAUUUUUGUUAGAAGGUAAAAAAAAAAAAAAUGUAAAAAAAAAUUAAUAAAAUAAAAUGCGAAAUAUAAAAAAUGUUCAUUUUUAUCUAUCUCUCACAGACUCUCUGCCCAUCUCUACCUCUAUAUAACUCUCUUUAUCUCUGUCUCUCUCUGUAUAUAUAUACAAGGAAUGUAAUUUAAUUAUUUAUUAAAUUGUUUGCAAGGAAAAAUGUGUUGAGUUUUGUUAUUGUGUGUGUAAAUAACAAAAUAAUAUCAGUAAAAAACCUUAUGUACUCUUAGCAAACUUCCCCUUCUGAAUUAAAGUAUGGUCAAUUGAGCUAUGCACACCAACAAGAUAACGCUACAGGAUACUACAAGACCAGGUGCACUUAUACUAUUUCUGCAAACUUCAUAGGACCUGGAACUCAUACCUUUAAUGUUAUCAUGUAUCCAGACAUCACAUCAAAUAUAUUAGAGGAAAUGAAGAGGAUAAGUGAUUACUCGACGCCUAUUACAAUUGGUAAAUUGUGUUUAUUUAUUUUUUUAAAGAGCUUUAGUAACACUCGUUUGUUAAACAGUAAAUAUCAAUAAAAACAUAGUUUGUGUACAGUUUUAAUUAAUACGUUUUUAUGCAAUGUAUAUGUGGUGUAGCCUGUUGGUGUAUGCAGUUUGAGAAAGUUGUAUCACAGAAGUUUGUGCAGAUCCUUAACACUUAUGACCUGCUUGAUUAGUUUCAAUAUGCAUAUUGAACUUGACAAAGUUGUGAGACAGUAGUGAUCCGUGGCCUUAAUGAUGCUCUUUGUAGUGCUGACUGCGAUAAUCAGUCACUAAUGGUCAUGUUGGAACUUAGUGCUGCUUUUGAUGUAAAAUACAAUGAGCUUCUUCUGUCAAGACAUUGAAAGCCAUGGUAUAUCCAACGGAUUAAUUCGGCUGAGGGAGAACUGACUGAGUUUCCGCCCUCAUCCUGUGGAUUGUGCUGCUGCUGUUCAGGUUGUCGAGGAUUGCUGUCUUGUGGUGAAAUCGUGAAUGUUAUAAAAUAUCCUUAAUUAUAUGACUAUAAGACAGUGGAAAUUGUAUGUGGUUGUGAUGCCUAGACUAUUUCUGCCUGGAUUCUGUCCAUCCCAUGGGAUGGGACACUUGUUGUUUUGGAUCCAAUUAGGAUUAGAGUUGAUUCUGCUUUUUGUUGUCGUGCGCAUUCUUUUGGCGUUAAUUGUGCACCUAUACCCUAAGGAUUGUGCCCAAUUUAAAGGAUUUAACGAAUAAAUCUUACACAUUUUUGUGAUACUUUAACAGCAAAAUGAAAUUUUUAAAAAAAUAAAAAAAUAUAUAAAUAAACAAAUUUAAAAAAAGACAUAAAAUAAGAGAAACUAACCUAAGUCAUUAACUCCAUAUAAAGAAAUCACACAUUUGAAUGAAUUUAAAUUCACUUGUCAUUGUUGCCAGCGUCUAUGUGCAGGUAAUCAGUGCUGUUGUAGAUAUAUACUACUUUACUUGAUGUGAGCCUCUUUUUAAAAUGAGAUAAUGCAGGAGAUCAAUUUUUUUUAAAAAUAAAUCAUUAAGUAGUAAUAACAGUUUUUUCUCAAUCAUUUAGUGUUUGAAGCAUGUUUACAGGUGCUAGCUACAAAUAUUCUUCAAAUUGUAGGACUUGGUAUCAGUAGCAAACAUAAGAUACAAAAUGGAAAAAAAUAGUAUCUUCUUAAUAAUCUGUUUUGCUGUAAUCGUGAAACGAUGGUUCUAAAAUUGUUGUCCCAUAAUAGGUUUUAAGAAGAAGGGUUCUGGUCUCAUUUUAAUGUAGCAGAACCACUCCUCUGUGUGAAUUGUAUGUGUAAUUGAUAUGUUUUGAGACAAAUAAAAGCACAACCUAGUCGUGAAUUAAUCAAAACAACAACUUUAGGUUUCCAGAUAAUAACGUAUCUUCUAUAGCCCGCAUAAUAACUGACACAACUUGUCGACAUAGAGGUCUAUGUUUCCCUAACAAUACUUCUCAUGUACGUCUCAUAUUUCUGCUUUAUUUCCUUAAUUAUAAUUCUCUAUUACACAAAACUGUGCUAGACUGAAUCGCCUAUAUAUUGUUUACUUAGUAGUGAACUUGAAACAAUAUAAUUUUUUUUGUGUAUCUUUAAAGAAUAUUACACCUAAUUUUAAGGUUACCCCAAAGCUGCGCUUGGUACAGAUUGUUAUUUAAAGGAUUACAUCAAAGAAAAUGAGACAAGCACGUGUACAUGUUACGAUAACAACACAAGUUUUCUGCCGACACAAGUCACGUGGUCCACGGGUGAUAGUAAUAAUGGAACACUUCACUUUAUUGUACGCAGACCUUCAAAUAGUAAGUAAUUCAUAAUGAAAGGUAUAUUUCGAUAAGGAAUUUUAUAAAAGCAACUUAAAAUAUAAUAUAUUGUUGUUUAUAUAUAUAUUUUUUUUCCUAAAUGACAUCGAAUUCAAUGAAUCUAGUUGGUCAGUGCCAUCUAUGUGUUACCAUUAUCAAACGUUUCAUAAAUUAAUAAACUCAUCAUUUACCAGGUCGAACUAAGUUAAAACAUUUCAUUCGAACAAGUAUUUAUUUUUAUAAAUUAUACGUUUUAAUGCAUGGAUUUUAUAUUUUUUUUAAUGUAGCUGAUUUUUUAAAACCCUUUUGAUCCAAAAAAGUUACAUUGUAAAAUCUUUUUUUAAAAAGAAAUACGUUGAAUAUUUAUACAAACAGGGAUAUAUAUAAGUGAGUCAUUUAAAUUAAAUUCAACAUUUGUCCUUCAAUAAAUUCAUACGUAUGUUACAUUUAUGUUUGCUCUAUAAAUACAUAGUUUAAAACAGUAAGGCGUAACUUCACCUUUGUACUAAUAAGAUUAAAAGUAUCCAUAAAAUUUGUGGUGUAUAUUCCUAAAAAAUAUAAGCUUGAAUGUACAUAUUAUAAGCCAGAAUUGACAUGCGAUUUUUCGGAAUGUGGAGGACAAUAAUGAUAGCGAAAAUGUAGAUAUGGUGAUAAUUGUAUAGUGAGGGAAAUUAACUAUUUUUUGAAAUGUUAUGACCGUUAUAGUUACAUUUUUAAUCACUAGAUAUUAAAAGUAGUUGGACUUUUUUAUGAAGAAGACAAUUUGUAUAAUGGUCUAUAUACUUUGAAUACUUUUAAAAAGUCCCUUAAAACUCAUCUGUUUAGGUCCGCCUAUGACCUGUGAUGCACCCUUCUUUCCCUGCCUCAUUUUCUGUCUCGGGUUGAUCCUGUAGUAUAGGCCAAAACGUGCCAAAGUGUCCUCGUUUUAUAGCCAUUUUAAUUGUUUGUAUAGUAUAGUAGUUACUAUCCUAAUGUCUCAUUUUUAUUUUACUUAGUUUACAUGUUUUUAAUAAUUGUAAAGCGCUUAGAGCUUUAAGGUAAGCGCUAUAUAAAAAUGCCUAAAUAAAUAAAUACAAAAAAUCAGGGCUUUUUUUAAAUAGAUAUUAAUUGAAUAAAAUGACCAUGUCAUUGAUCACAUUUAAUUAAUGUCAAUAAAGAUUUAGAAUUUUUAUUCUGAAACCUUAUCUUGAAAAAGAUGGAACGGGUAAGUUGAAGUGGAGUGUUGACUUUUGACGUAUAGUGCAGCUGAUACUUUGUGUAGUUGUGAAGUAACAUGGUUAUAGGAAAGGUUUCAGUGUUAAAUUAAAUAUUUUUUUAAAAAUCUUUCUUACCCAAGAAUGGUGUUUAGGAAUGUAAGGGUGUUUUUCUAUAGCGUAAAAUUAAUAACAUCAUGUUUGUAUCUUCUAUUUCAGCGGAACCGAGUUUUCAAUGUGUAGUGUCAAACAAUCUUAAUUUCACAAAUGUAAUAAUAUAUCAGCCAAGAGUUGCCUGUACGUAUACUUUUUAUACAUAUCAACGGUUAAAGAUUUAGUUCUGAUUUGACAAUAUAUCAUGUUAAAGCUACACUGAAUAAAAGAAAUGGCCGUUUAUAUAUUCACAUAAAUGUAAAUAAAGGUAUAGCAUGUAAUGGUACAAAACCCAUGUUAGUUUAUUGUUUUGCCCAUUUCAGACCCACCAGAUAUGAGUUUGACACUUAAAAACGUUGAAUUGGAUUUAUGUCUUGAUAAAAAACUUGACAUUAUUGGAAGCUGCUUCGUCAGUGAAAGUUAUCCAGCAUCGGCAAUAUCCAUCUACAUCAACAAUGUUUUACUCGAUGCAAACCAUUUUUCUAAUACAUUGGACCACACAUUCAACUCUUCCUACCAAUCAUCUGGUGUAGUCAACGUUACAUGUCUAGCUUACAAUGUAGCAUUUUCUGUAAGCAAAACACAAUAUCUCACAAUCAAAGGUAUUUUUGUUAGACUUCCUUUGUUUAUAUAUCAAUCCGAUAAAUAUUAUUUAUUUUGAAAAGUAAAAAAACAAUUUGUAAAAAAAAAAAUUAAUCGGUUCAAAAUAGUAAUUAAAGGCUAUUAGGCAAAAUAUAUAAAUACAUUAUAAGGUUAUUGCUUCUUUUAAUCCAGGACCACCAGAACGUCCAAAUAUUUUCCAGCUUGUUAGACAAGGAACAGAUUCCUCCAGUGAAAAAACACAACUUUCUAUAAUAAUGUGUCAGUCUGCAGGAGGUGUUCCGUAUUCAAAGCAACUGUCACUGACAUGUGGCACUAUGGAGGCAUACGCAACAAGUAACAUCAAGCGCCACUGAUUAUGAAUUUAAUAAAGUAUAUUUUUUUAAAAACCAAUAUCAACCGUCCUAUGAGAAAUCAAAUAAGCAUUUAAAUAUUAAUUUUAUUUUGUUUGGUCACAUUAACCAUAGAAAUAGAACACUUUGUUCUAUAACAUCUUUACAAUACACCAUUAGUGAGCACGGUUCCUUUCCACUAAUUAGCUGAAGAAACAUCCCUUAGCUCUUUAAACGCUAAGUUUUUUUUAUGAGCAUUGAACGUCUUAUCACACUUUAUAUUCUUUAACUUGAAAUGUAACAAUACAAUCGUAUUGUAUGUUGUUGUGGUUCUAUGCAUCUAUUGUUUUCAUCGUCACAAGACUUUUGUAUCAAUUAAUUAUGACAGACAACAUUUAUUAUGUAUGAUUCUUUAUUAAAAAAUUUACAACUUACAUUUUCAUGAGAAAUGAAAAAAAUGUAAAUUUCUUUUUAUAUAGUAUGAAAAAAGUUUUCUUUUUACCAAUAAAAAUAACAAUAACUUAUGGUUUAUUUCGCUUUAAUAUCAGUGAUGAUAACAACAUAAACAUAUUGUUUCUUCUUACAGAUAGUGAUACAGUUAUUUUACAAGUAAAUGUGAUGAGAACUCCGACAGAUGUAAAUUGCACGUGUGUUGUCUUGCACGAGUCGAAAUGUUUACAAAACAAAACAACUGAAUUUCUAAGAUUAUGUAUGCACAUGUUUGCAGUUUAGGAUUUAAACGUUUAUAGAUUUUUCAUUUUAAAAAUAACAUCAGAACAUAAAUAAAAAUUAAUAAUUAUAGAAAUACAUUUUCCAUUGGCACAUAGACAUUAUCGUAUUUGAUUAAAGCUAUCAUUAAACCUUUUUAGAUGUUCCCUUUUUCUAAAUAUACCAAAAGAAUACUUAAUGAAUAAUUCCGCAUUUGAUUAUUUUAAAUUGAAAUGUUAUUUAUAAAUCUAACAAUAUUUUCUAUUACAUAUAAUUUAUAUAUAUAUAUGAUAAGAACUAUUUUUUCACAAAGAGUGUAAACACACAAUAGGUUAUAUUUUCCCCAGAUCACAUGGAUGACUCCAGUCCAGUUGAGAUCAAUUCUGCCGCUAUUGCAGUUGGUGUUACACUCGGGUUGGGAUUAUUAUUAUCAAUUUCUGUAAAUAUCUUCAUAAUAAGACGAUAUAAAAGUAAAUAUAACAUUUAUUUUUUUUCAAGUAUCUAAAUUUAUUUUUAUUUUUUUCUUAAAUUUUAUUUAUAGCUUAAUUAUAACAAUACCGCAUUUAACAGGUAAACUAAUUCAUAAAAUAUAAUAAUUUUACAAGUAAUUGGAACUUAAUUAGUCCUGAUGCUCAUCUUAAGUAUUGGCUAAAUAAAUUGGUUUCAUUAAACUUUUAAUUUUAUAUGCAUUUAUGUGGAAAAAUUUAUUAUUCAUUAACUUGUUAUAAAUAUAUAUAAAAUUAAUUUAUUUUAUUUUAAAACUAUAUUUACAUUCCAUUAGAUGCCAUGUUUAAAAAAACAACAACAUAGGUUUUAAAUUUGGAUUGUUAAAUAUUUCAUAACUACAAACUUGAGCUAAUUUAAGAAAUGUAAAUUCAAAAUUGAAAACCUUACAAUACGCAGCACUUUUAAAAUUCGCACGUCCCUUUAUUUAGGAUUUAAAAGAGGGGAUUCAUCAACGAAAAGGUCGAACACAAAGUAAGCGUAUUUAUAUCUCUUAAUUUGAUAAGUUGUUUGCUGAUUGCAGUAGUUGAAUGGUAAAUGAUUGUAGAUUUAGUUAAUUAAAUCUGCAAGUACUGAUACCAUAUAAACAUAUCUGAAUUAAGCUUAUUUUUUGUCGCAGAAAAACACAAGAAUACAUUGAUAUAGGAGGUAAAUAUGUUUACUUUAUGUCUGCUUAAACAUGCCAAAAACCACUUUUCAUUCUUUUAAUUACGUAUACAUAUGUAUUUAUAUAUACAUAUGUAUUUAUCUCUAUAAAAUAUAAUUAUAUAUUAGUAGAUACAUAUCCAUGUAACGCAUUUUAUUUCCAUAGCAACGCCGUAUGUUAACACAGAGUUGCACUCAUAUGAAACAGCCAACGUUAAACCCAUUUAUUCAAAUGAAGCUACGUCACCUCCUCCGUCCCAACGGGUUGACAAACUAAAUAUCACUCACCAUGGUAACAUAAAGUUCAUUACUUUUAGUUAAAGUAUAUAAUUAUUUCCAUUCCAAAUAAUGCAUUACUAUGUCAAGUAGUUGACUGGCCAACCAGGACACUGGGAAUUUCAUGUAGAUUUCUUCGAGGAAAUGCAAUUUAAUGAACAAUAUCAGCUAAUAAAACGUUGCUGUAAAAAUGUUUAAAGGCCGUCACAUAAAUAUAUUAGAACAUAAUUAUUCGGUGCAUAAUGCAUGUCGUUUACAAAACAAUACUGUACAUCUUGUAAUUUUUUUUUUUGACAAUUAAAGACAAUGAAACUGUAACAAUUGGUGAAUAUAAUUAUAUAUAUAUAAUUCAUAGAUUUUAGUUUGAUAUAAAUAGUUAUAUAUAAAAGAUGAAAUAAUAUGUAUCCUAAUUGUUGAAUCAAGGUUCAUUUAAACGUAAUAAGUCGUUUUACUAAACAAUCAAAUUAGACUUACAUGUAAUUAAAGAUAUAUAAAUAGAGUCAUUUAUAAAAAUCAAUGUAUUUGCACUGUUUUAAAACUAUUUAAAAAAAAAAAUUACCUAAAUUAUAAUUUUUUUUUAUUAUCAUUUCUUUCUUGAAACACUCGUUGUAAGGAUAUAUGUAACCAUAGGUGAAAGCUAUCCCCCCCCACCCUCAAGUCUCAAGGACACAGUGGCGUAGCUAGGGGUGUGGGAGGGGGUCCAAAUUCGAAAGUCCUCCAGGGCCCCUACUUGAGGGAGACCCCCAAAAGAGUGUCCGAAUUUUUUUUUACAUUAAAUAAUGUCACAAUAAUUUUACAUUAAAUAAUGUCGAAUGUCACAAUGCAGGGGCUCCCAAAGAGGUCAAGUCCCCCGGGCUCCCAAAUCCUAACUACGCCACUGCAAAGACAAUACAUAUUGUAUAGGGGUUUAGCCGUCUGUAAUUUUCACAAUACCAUUUUUUACCUCUGGGAUAAAUUAUUUUAGCUUUUUUUUUAUACUAUACUUUAUUUACACUCGUUGUUUGUACAGUUCGCUUAAGGACACAUCUAGUCAAUGUUUUCUUUGUUUUGUUGCAAUACUUUGUGUCACAACUUUCUUUUGACUUUUGACCCAGACCACCAGGUCCAAAUCUGAUUCAAUACAUUUUAUAAAAUAUAAAUAUAUGUUAAAAUAUUCUGAAUGACAAAUGAAUAAUUGUAUUUAAUUUCAGUACAUUAACUUAUGUAACUACUACAUUUGAUAUCAUUAGAAAGCUAAAUAAUUUUUUCUAGUUUCUUUAUAAUAAUUAAAGUAUGUUUUUUUGUUUUUUCAUCGUUUAAUGAAAAGGCCAUUCGUAAGAUAAUAUAAGAAUGGAUACCUUCGUUAAAAAAGCAAUUAUAAAACAUACACAUUUAAAUAAUAAAACAAAAUUAGUAGCCUACUUUUUAGUUAGAUUUAAAUAUUUAGAAAAAAAAUUAAUUUCAAUUAAACCAAAUUUUAAAAUAUUCCUAUCAUUUAAUGAUGAUUGAGUUGUUCUUUUUGUCUCCUGCAACGUCUUGGAUAAAAAUCGACUGGAAUAAAUUAAGACAAAUUAAUUUCUAACAAAUGCACAUUAUUAUUUUUUUUCUAAUGCAAGAACAUAUUUUUUUAAUCGAUCACUGUUGUUUUUCCCUCAGCUGACAAAGAAGACCAUCCUUAUGACGAGGUUACAGAACUCAAAAAAUGAUCAAGAGUUCAAUAUAUGAAAUGUUAGAACAGGCAGAACUACAACGAAAACUUCAGAUGCUAAUCCAUCCAACUAAUUGAAUAAAUCAGCCCUUUUAAAAAAAAUUAUUUUCACUUAAUUUAUUAAAUUAUAACAUAGAAGUAAUUAAAUUUGUAUCACCCUACAAUAUACAUAUCUACAAACAAAAGUAAUUCUUUUAAAGACUUUUUCCAACGUUUACAAAACAGUAUAUUAAUUAUCAUAUGGCACAAUAUUGUUUUGGUAAUUUGCAAAUCUAUAUAAUUGCAAUUAAGAAAAAUAACCAUUCAAUUAACCAG